AGGGAGGAUGAGACUUCCGUGUAGACCAGCACCGGAAUGGCGACAGAGGUCUGCAGGACGUCAGACCUCAACAAAUUAUACCUCAAUACCAGAUCCACAGUGUCGUGACAAAAUGACAAAAUCAAAGGACAAAAAACGAGAGAAAAUGAGUGUUGCCACUGAAAUUGAUCGUGUGGAAGAACGACGGACUCGGUUCCAGGACAACAUUGAGAAGGCAGAGUUCAGGACCAGACGCGAGGUGCUGUCGGACAGAGAAAGACAAGAUUUGGAAGAUGAAAUUACCAUCAUGCGCGAGAGGGUGCAAAGGUUAGACAAGGACCUUAUUACUCUACGAGGUGAGAACCGCCGGAACAUGAUGCUGUCCGUGGCUCUUCUGGCUCUCAGUGCUUUCUUCUACUACACCUUCAUCUAUGGAGAUGAAGAUCUCUGAUCUCAGAACAGAACUCGACUUCAAGUCAGCUCGUUUUGUACGAUAUGGAGCAAUGGCCUCUUUCGACUGGGAGGACAGAUACAUAUAUCUUUAUCACAUGUUAAAAUGUUUUUAAAUUAUAUUUUCGAUAUCCGAGUUUUGUCUUGUGCUUGCGAACUGAAAUAUUGUAAUGGAUUUCUAUUUUGUAGCUGUUCAGCUCAGUGGAAAACGGCAAUAGCCUGACAACCACAUGUGUACAUUGAAUUUUCAAUUUAUAUAAAAGCACAUUCCUGUUAAGCUCAUACAGAGCUGCCCCAUUUCAUUCAUUACUUUACUUUUUUGCCUAACAUUACUUAUUUCUUUACAUUCCUUAAUUGAAGCUGUCUUAAAUGCUUGAAUGGCAAAUGCAUUUUAAGGAUAGUAGUUGGAUUUGGUUGAAGUCAUACAUUGCCAAAAGCUUUCCUUGUUGGGGGCAGAAUUUGGACUAAGCUAUUAAAACAUGCCAACGUUUGUAUUUCCAUUUUCAUGAGUUUGUUAAACGAAUAUAUCUCAAAGGAUAUUCAUUUAUGUUUUGUUUACGUUGUUUGUACACAAUACAAUAAAGGCUUUAAUACUUUUUCCUUACCAUGA